CUGUUGGGUUAUCAGUGGGACAGAUCCCGCGGUAUUUUGCUGCUCAUAUAAAAGUUGUCAACAUUCGGGUUGAGGUUUGUCCUGUUUCAGGUUGCUGUUUGACUCCGUGGACGCCGGUGUUUGGCUCCGUGACCGGUGUCACGGCCGUGCCUGAGUGUCCCCGGCUGAUCGCGCUCUUUGUGACGCUCUGAAGUGAAUGAUGGUGUCAGGCCCAGACGGACAGAGAUGAGCUGGGCUGAGGAGGACUGGACGGUGGGCCUCUCUGGGAGGGUCCUGCAAAAGGUGAAGGAGCUGCAGGUGUUUAAGGAGCGACUGUCCAGAGAGAACAAGCAGAAGCAGCUGCAGCUGGACAACAUUCAUACCAGCCUUGAAAAGCAAACAGCGAAGUAUGAGGCGGUCCGUGGGGAGCUGCAGUUUGUUCAGAGAGAUCUGCAAAGCGUUCGGGAGGAGGCCAAGGCGGCCGUGACCGCCAGAGAGCGCCUCGCCCAGGAACUUCACACCAAGCAGGCCCAGGUCUGCUCUCUGGAGGGGCAGCUCGACGCGGCUCGUAACCAGAACAACCACCUCAGCCAAGAAAUCAAGAGAUUGGAAGCUGAACUGGAAAAGCUGCAGAACAGCAGCCGGCGUGCAGACACCACUCUGUUUUCCACACCCUGCUGGACUGCAUCCUCUCCCUGGGAGCACAAUGGGAGCAGACAGGAAGACAGACCCGGGCAGCGGGAUGAAGGACAGAGCCGGGGACAUCACAUCAGACAGCGGCUGCAGUUUUCAGAAGCAUCCGCAGCUUCGCUGCCUCGACAGCAGCACAAGAGCACACCGCUCCGCCACCCAUCUGACCAGUCGGAUGUCUUUUCCACGCCCUCGGCGGUGUUUCCAUGGGAACGAGAUGACUCUGGACCUGCAUCCAGAAGACGACCUGCGUCUUCUCCUCAGGCGCCGAGUCCUGAGGUCCUGAAUCAAGGCCGAUUGGACCGGAGUUCUGAAGAAAAAGUCCAGAAGACGGAAACAGACGUGUCUUCGUCAGAGCUGCAGAGUCGUCUCUCGGCUCUGGAGGUCCAGCUGUCUGAGAAGGUCGGGAAUCUGAAGACGGUCCAGAAUGAAAUGGGGCUGAUGAAGAAGGAGCUCGCUGCUAAAGAGCUGGACCUGCAGAAAACCCAGGAGGAGCUCAGCAAGGCGCACACACAGACGGCUCAGGACAAAGAACGGGCAUCAGAAGCCGAGCACAAGCUGAAGCAGCUUCAAGAGGAGCUCAAGUGCCAGAGGCAGAAUGCAGAGAGCAGUCGGCUGCAGCACCAGCAGCGCACCAAGGAGCUGGAGAAAGUGCAUCAGAAGGACUUGGCGGAGCUGCAGAAGGAGAGGCAGUGUGCGGAGAAGCAGCACCAGCAGGAGGUGAAUAAGCUGAACCAGGAGCUGCAGCAGGCCAGGUCGCUCCACAACGCUCUGCAGGCCCAGGCUGACAAGCUGACUCUGCAGAAGCAGACGUUGGACAAAGAGCUGGACUCUCUGAAGGAGAAGCUGAAGUGGACGGAGGAGCAGCUGAAGGAGAGCCAGAAGAAAGAGACUCAGACACAAGCCAAGCUGACGGAAGCCGUACGUGAGGCGGAGGGUGUGGCGGUAACCCUGGAGCAAAGCAGGAAGAGAGAGCGAGCUCUGGAGGAGGAGGGGAGGAGGCUGCAGGAGGAGCAGGCUGACACCCUGCGCCUCCUCAGAGAACUGCAGGAACAAAAAGCUCCUGCAGCAUCGACUCAGCCUGCGCCGUUUGGACUCGUUGGACAGAGCUUUUCCUCUCCGUCUCAAGCCGCAGCCCACAGCAGGAGGAUCUCAGCUUCCCAGUCAGAGCAGAACAGGGAUGUAAGCAGGUCAGAGGUCACGGCAGUGUUUCCUUCUGCCAGAGAGCCAGGGGAGGGAAUCGACGCCGAGCAGAUCAGCAUCACAAACUCUGAGCGACAACAGAAAGUGGGACAAAGAGAAGAAGCCGAUAAAGACGGAGAGAGCCGAAGAAACGCUGCAGACAUCGAUAGAGCAACAGCUGCUGAACACCCAGCUGUGGCAGGAGGCCUGAAGAUCAAACAUGCACAACUUCCUAAAUCCGAUGAACCCGCUCCGUCUCAGGACCUCAAGAGGGAGAAUGACAGCCUCCGCUUGGAGCUCCGCGAUGUCCGUGAAGAACUCCAGAGACGUCUGGAGGACCUGGAGGCCCAGCGGCGGGCUGAGACUGAAGCGAGGACCCGCCUCAAACAGCUUAGCCGCAAGCAGUCCACCCAGGCGGCGGAGAGGGAGGAGAGAGAGAAGGACCUGAAAGUAAAGCUGGAGAAUGAGAAGGCUGAGACGGAAAGGCUGAAGAGGAGCCUUGCUGCUUUGGAGGCAGAGACGAAGAGAAGCAGAGAGGAGGAGGCAGAAAACGAGAAGAAACAGGAAGAGGAGACAAGCACCACUCAAAACGACAGAGAGAGCGAGCUGAUCGAGCUGAACAUGCAGCUGAAAAAUCAGCUGGCAAUGGUGAAAGCUCAGCUGGCUUUGGAACGAGACGAACGAAAGACAGAGGAAGAGGAGAGAAACCGAAGGAUGAACACAGAUUCUGACGUGAACACAGAGCUGAGCUUGAAGCUCGCAGAGAUCAUGGCCGACGUCGAGGAGCUGAAGCACCGAAGAGAAGAAGACUCGGUAGAAGACGAGAAGCUUUCCACCUCCAGCAGCCCCCUGCCCAGCCUUCCUGACGACGAACUCACCUCCAACACCGGUUGCUCUGACAACAGCCUCCUCUCCUCCCCGGAGGAGCACCACUUCUUCUGCGAGUCCACCAACCAACGCAACGCUCUCCUGUCCACAGAAGCUGAAGACAUUCUCCGUCUCGGCGGUCAAACAACCAAAGAGACCUCGGAUCAGAUCAAGCUUUCUUCAUCAGACCUCCAGCAGGAUCAGCGCCCGACCUCUGACCUCGCUAAGGUGGUGGAGGUGCUGCAGAAAAAGUGUGCAAAGGAGUCAGAGCGGGCCAAAAAGUACAGAGAUAAAUUUGAGGCCCUGCAGAUCCAGGUAACGCGUCAGACCAAAGAGCUGACCACGGCCUUCGAGAAGCAGAGUCAGCACAUCCUGGGCCUUCUUGCUGAGCUGCAGGAGAAAGAGGGCGCCCUCUUGAGCCAGGGAGACGAAUUGAAGCAAUGCAAGCAAGAGUUGAACCAACUAAAGCUGGAAGAAAGCAAUGUGGCAACACUGACAGCUGACAGAGAGACCGAAGAGAGAAACAGAGAUGAAGAGCUUACAGAGAAAUCAGAACUUAAACAAGAAGAAGAGGCUGUUGCUCCUCUUCUCUCAUCAGACUUAAAUAUUCAAAAAGAAACAAUUCAGCCCAACGUUGAGGAGUGUGAAGUUGAAUUGCCUCCACCUGUUGGUGGUGAAGGUGAAAGUGCAGCAGUAACUUCUGGAGAGAGGUCUGCAGUCGGUCCAUGUGACUCUGUAGGUGAGGUGGAAGAGAGUCGGCUCAGUCAACAUGGAGAGAGAGUCGACACGUUAGCAGAACUUCUUGUUCUCAGGCAGGAAAAGCAGCUGCUGCAGCAGAGAGUCAGGGAUUUGACCAGCAUCGACACCAGAGACCAAACUUCACAGACUGACAGCGAGAAUCAGGACAACGCAGAAAACAUGGCCUGCUUGGCAGGGGAAGUUCUGCUCAAGGAUGAGGCAGCGACAGACCAGCAGCUGCUAAUAAAUCCAAAGAGCAGUGAUGAUGAAGGUCAAGAUUUGGAAGGAGAAAACACAAGCAGCAUGAGCGGUGAAAGAAAUGCAGAGGACAUGACUGAGAUUCAGAUAAACCACCUGCAGGAACAGGUGGAGGCGCUGCAGAGACGAGUCAAGACUCUCACAGAGGAGACCGAGGUCCAGGCCCAGGAGCUCGUCUUGUGGAGACUAGCGUCCCAGUCCGCCACUGCAGUCCAACACUUACUCACCGACGCAGACGAUGAGAGCGAAACGCUGCGACAGAUUCCUGCUGCCAGCCGGCCUGAACUCACUCGGACCGGCCACAACCAGGUCCAGAAGAACCCGGACGCCGUCACGGUCAUCAGGGAGGAUGAAGUAUCGCUCUGCUGCUCCUCUAGAAAGCUGCAGGGUCGCCUGCUGUUCUCCAGACUUCAGAACAGCAGCCUUCCUGAACCAAAGAGCCUCCGUUCGCCUAAGAAGUCUCUUCAGGGACAGACCCGGAGCGGUGCAGAGUUCGACCCGGAAUCUGAAAAAGAAAACCAGGAGAUAAACUUGCAUUGGUCAGAAAGUUAUCCAGAACAAAACAAAGUGAAGAAAGAUGCUAAACUCAUCCAAAUGUCGUCGCAGAAGAUUGCUCAACACCAUGGAGCCAAAGAUCUCAGCCUCUCAGGAUCGAGUCUAAGCAAAGUGCAACAUUUCCACACAGAAACUCACCAGACCAAACUGGACUCCUUCAGAGGAGCCGGCGACUUUGAAACACAGAUUUACCCCUGCGACAGUAACAUGAAGGUAGAGGCUGUGAGUGUCGGCAGUCAAACCGAGGGCCGUUUGCUUCCUCGUGGAGUUUCCACGGCGUCUGCAGCCACUCAGACCGAGCAGGACUUCAGUGAUGAGGAAGAGUCAGUCGAAUCUCCUCCCGUUUCUCCUGUUUCUUCAGCGGAGAAGACAGAAGCAGGGGACAAAAUGUUGCUCUCAGGUUCUUUUCCCAUCCCGGCCGAUCCGGCUCGUCUCGCUGAAAGGAUCCGCCGCAGCAGGACGCAGCUGUCGGCCGCCUUCGAUGACACAGAGUACGAACCGUACGGCCUGCCAGAGGUCGUCAUGAAAGGUUUUGCUGACAUCCCCACCGGAACGUCGUGCCCAUACAUUGUGAGAAGAGGUUUGUUAGGAACAGUUCAACCUUUGUCUAAGAAAGAACCACGAGAAGACGAGGAGACAGACUAAAGCAUCAGAUCUAGCAGGAGGAUCUGGUCAGGUUGGGAGGAUUCUCUCCUCUGUUCAUUAGCCUGCAGGUAACUGGGCCAGACAAGCUGCACUCCUCCGCCUCGGUUCUGAACGGCUUUAAUUGUUCCAAGUUCACCCUGAAGUCGCUGUGCAGACCCACUAAUCCACACCCACCUGUGUAAUCAGACUGUAGGUUUGGGAUUUAGUGGCGCCUGUUUCUGUUCUUGAACCUCUCUUCCAAAAGGGAUUGUUUUGUUUUCUUCUCACUCCUUCGUCGGGGGGCCUCGGCUCACCUUGAACUAAACAGUGCCUCGUCGACGUUUUUCUGAACCUGUCCAGAUGAGUUUUGACUUGUUUUCCAAGAGGGUUGAUCCAGUAGCGAGAACACGUUUUAAAUUUUCCCGUUUUAACUUUGUGAGCUUUUUUAUUUAUGGACACUUGAAUGUGUUUUAUUAGUGAGUGGGAGAGAUGGGCGUUUACAGAAGUGUGUGUGUGUGUGUGUGUGUGAAAAACAUUAGCUGUGAAAAUGAACAUGUGUGUCCUCAUCUUGAUGUCACUGUUUGUAUAUAAGUAUGCGUGUGUGUGUGUUGGGUGAGCACACGUCUAUGAGUCAGUGUAACCUGCGCUGGUUUCCGCUCCAUGUAUGGAGAUGCACACUGAGCUCCUCUCUGUCCUGCUAUGCUUCCCCGUCCUACACUAACAAACACUCUAACACUAGCUGGCUUUAAAGCCACUUUAUAAAAACAACAACUGAAGUUUAAUUUUGUGGGAUCCUGCAGAGUCUGGAGAGGUAUGAGAAAACAUCUGGUCUUCCUGGUUGUGGAAUGUGAAACUAGAAAGAUCUGUUUGGUUUUCUACAGCAUAAAAACUCAGAGUAUCUGUGCCCGUUUCUCUGUUACCUAGAAAUGGGAACAUAGUUUUACAGAGUGAACUUAGACAUCACAUUUUAAUGAGGGAAACCUCAGUGAUGUCAUUAGACGUAAUAAGCUGAUUGAUCCACUUAGAUGCAGCAAUCAUUUCCCUCUGAACUUUUCCCAGUUUUUUUUCGUUACAAGUACAAACAUCUUUGAAAAAAGUUAUCUGAUCAAAGUUCGUUCUUCCACAUGAUUUUCUCUAUCUGUUGUAUUGCUCAUGGGGAACUUUAAACCAGGGGUCAUUUGUGGCCCCUGAUCUGAUUUUGUGCAGCCACGUUAUGAUACAGAUAUCUCCACCAGCGCAGGUGAUUGAUGCAGACGGAGAGGGGUUUUUUUUCCAAUUAGGAAAAUAAUGACCCACAUUAUGUUUUUAUAGCUGAGAAUAGACUCUGUCUUUUUU